ACUGUGUGGGUCACUGUUUUGGGAGGCGUCUCCUGCCUCUACUGUGGACUCUGUGUCCCCCUAGGGCUUAUACACCACUACUAUGUCCACUCGGCUCACUUUAUCCACACUCUUUGCAAAUAAUUCGAUUAAUUUUCAAUAAUAAUGUUGUAGAACCAUCGUACAAGUCCAGUAAUGUUUUGGGUGAUGAAUGGUGUAGUGGGCGAGUGUGUUGUUGUUUACUGGGUGUAUUGGGUGUAGUGCUGUAGUGUGCCCUCUGGGGCUUCUUAUCUGGAGUACACACCACCGACUAACUCUUCAAGAUGCCUCUCACGGAAGAAGAAAUCUCUCAGUUUAGAGUUGUGGACCUGAAGGCUAAACUGGCGACCUUUGGGCUGCCGACCCACGGUCUGAAGAAUGAAUUAGUGGAUCGUCUCUACCAGCAUUUACAAAUUGUUGAUGUGCCAAAGAUGCCUGAAGAUGUAAAAGAUAAAUUGGGAAGUCAUCAUGGAGGUGUUGAACAAAGUCCAUCGGGAGAAAAGAAAGAUGGAGGUGUGAGUGGGUCAGAUCACCAGAAGCUUGCACAUUCUCAACAAGAUGAACAGAUGCAGCAGGAAGAUAUGGUCAUGGAGGAGGAUGAAGAACAGAAUCAAAACCAAGGCCAGAAUGAGCUCAUCAGGAAGGCUAGAGAGCAAGAAGAGAUGAUUAGCCGUCAACGGGAGAUGGAAGAAGAACGUCUGAUACAGCAUAAAGUACGAGAACAGCAACGGCUUCUUGAACAACAGCAGCAACAGAAAAAGCAGGAAGACCUGUAUCGCUUACAGCAUGCAGCCUUCAUGGAGAAACAGAGAGAGGAGCAGGAGAAAGAAGUACAACUCUUAAGGCUACAAAGAGAGGCUUUAAAACAAAAGGAAGAAGAAAAUAUAAAGCUUCCAGCUCCUGGAGUACCCCCUGGAGUUUCAGCAGCUUCAGCACGUGCCCCUGUGCCCCCAUCAGUUGGCGCUAGACCCGCUAGUGUGGGCACUGUUCCAGUCUUGGGUCCACCAGGAGUUAAAGCAUCUGUUGUUGUACCGCCUUCACCAUCUUUUGGUCCUAGGCCCCAAGGGCCAAUAAAUGUUGGUGGACCAACAGGGUUUACUGGCCCUAGUCCUGUGCCCAGCACAGGCCUACUUGGUCCAGGACCUGGAUCAUCACCAAAGCCUACUCCAUCCCCACAGCAGCCUUCCCUCAGACCCCCACUUUUACAGUCAUCAAGCCCACGCACUGCCACACCAAUGACUCCCCAGCGUCCACCUGUAGCAAUGUCAAACUCGUCUGCUAGACCCCCUGGUGCAGGUCUUCUGGGUGCAGCUCCCCCAGCAAUGACUCCUCCUGGAGAAAGCCCAGAGAAGGGAGAGAAGCCUCCACCACUCAUGUCCCUACAGGUCUCUGCCCCCAAGGAAGAGGCACCCAGAGAAGUCAAGCUUCCACAAGCACUUGAACAAGCACUGGCAUUUAAGUCAGAAAGGGCCAAACAGGUUGGUGUGAAUCCAGAAGAUGUUGAAAAGGUAGAAAGAGAAGGGCUAGCAAGAAUGGAUGAACUUGAAAAUCAGAAGCCCCAGAUACGAACUACAGUUUCUAUGACCAAAUCUCAAACGCCAUUUAUUCCUCCAGUCUAUGAGGAGGAGGAUGAAGAAGUUCCAGAGGAACCUAGCCAGAAAAACAAACAAGAAAAAAAGAAAAAGAAGAAGAGGAGGAGGAAAGGUCGCCAUCAACUCCAGGAGGAAAUGGAACGAAAAAGAAUUGAAAAAUUAAAGAGAGACAAGAGUGAGAUUGACGAUCCCAACAUAGAAAUUGAGUAUAUCCAAGACUCCAUUGAAUUAGAUAUAACAGAUCCUAAUUAUCGUCAUUUUACAAAGAUAUUUGAAGCAUUCAGAAUUGCCGAGCCAGAACCAAAAGCAGAAGAAGAGAAGAUACUGCCUAAAGUGGAGAUUCCCUUAGUGGAUAUUAACAAAAAAAUUGGCCCAAAAGUGCCAGGUAUUCCACUAGAUGAUGAUGACGACGAUGACGAUGAUGAUGACCUGAAGAAGGAAGAGGAUGAUAAACCAAAGUUAUCUAAAAGGAAAAUGAAACUUUUGAAACGCAUGAGCAUUGCCGAGUUGAAGCAAACUGUCAGUCGUCCAGAUGUAGUUGAAAUGCACGAUGUAACGGCCAAAGAUCCAAAGUUACUUGUUCAUUUAAAAGCCACUAGAAACACUGUACCUGUGCCACGCCACUGGUGCUUUAAGAGAAAAUAUUUACAAGGCAAACGUGGUAUUGAAAAGCCACCUUUUGAACUUCCUGACUUCAUCAAGCGCACAGGUAUAAUGGAGAUGAGAGCUGCACUUCAAGAGAAGGAAGACCAAAAAACACUCAAAGCUAAAAUGAGGGACAAGGUGAGGCCAAAAAUGGGUAAGAUUGAUAUUGAUUACCAGAAACUUCAUGAUGCAUUUUUCAAGUGGCAGACUAAACCGAAGAUGACAAUUCAUGGGGACCUUUACUAUGAAGGCAAAGAGUUUGAGACAAAGAUGAAAGACAAGAAACCUGGAGAGAUGAGUGAUGAUUUGAGAAUAGCUCUUGGUAUGCCUGUUGGAGCCAAUGCUCACAAAGUCCCUCCACCUUGGUUAAUUGCAAUGCAGCGGUAUGGUCCACCUCCAUCAUACCCAAAUUUGAAGAUCCCAGGACUUAAUGCCCCUAUACCAGAAGGUUGUAGCUUUGGUUACCAUGCGGGUGGGUGGGGCAAGCCACCUGUUGACAACAUGGGAAAGCCUAUUUAUGGAGAUGUAUUUGGCACUCAAGGCAAGGACUUUGAUACUCCUUUAACAGAAGAAGAAGUGGAAAGGACAUUAUGGGGAGAAUUAGAGAGUGAAAGUGAAGAGGAAUCUGAAGAAGAGAGUGAUGAAGAAUCUGAUGAAGAUGUCAGUGGGCUUGUAACUCCUGGAGAAACUGGUCUUGUCACUCCUUCUGGUAUCAGUUCACUACCCGCUGGUCUGGAGACUCCUGACAUGAUUGAGUUGAGAAAGAAACGAAUGGAAACAGAAAUGGAAGGGGGUGAUACUCCUGCUCUUUAUACAAUUCUCCCUGAGAAGCGAACUGAGACAAUGGGGCGAGCAAUGAUGGGCUCAACACACACCUAUGAUAUUGGUGCAGCUGCAGCUAGUGGCAUUGCUAGUAGGUCAGCCACACAGGGAGUGGAAGUAGCCCUUGAUCCCUCAGAACUUGACCUUGUAGAUACAGAUGCCAUGGCUGCACGAUAUGAAGCUACACUUAGGGAACAGCAGAAGGGAGAAGAAGAAGAUUUCUCUGAUAUGGUGGCUGAGCAUGCAGCCAAACAACGUAAUAAAAGACGAAAGCAACAACAAGAUCAGAACAAACCAACUAAAAAGUAUAAGGAUUUCAAGUUCUAAAGGAGAUACAGUAAUUACACGUGAUGAAAUUAUAUAUAUUUGUAGUUAGACAAUUAAAGAAGCUUUCGUAUAUUUAUUUCCUAAGUUUGUGUUUACAAAACAAUGUGUCAACAUAUGCAACACGGACCUUUGAGCUAGCAUUGCAUACUGUUUGGGUAGAUUUUAAGUCAAUACAGUUUUUAAAUAUA